UUCCAUGGUGGAAUCACAAGAGGCACCGAGUAUUUUCUCGACAAACAGUUCCGUUUUCUUGAGGGAGCCAACCAGAUUCCCACAAACUGAAAUCCGAAGUCCAAGUAUUAUUUUGCUUGCCUUCGCAUCGCUUGAUAAGCCAUCACCUGAUCUGAGAGCUGAGGUCUUAUCGGCGAGUGUAUUCACGAUCCAUAAGAUGAAUUCUCAUGCACUUGGUUAUAUAUUGACUGUGGUUCCGGGGCUAUUUCUAUUCCUACAUGCAGAUGAAGUUAAAAUUAGAUUUAUGAUUGAUAGGGAAGAAUGCUUUGCCCAUGAUGUUCAGUAUGAAAAGGACACUGUUCAUGUACCUUUCAUGGUGAACAAAUCUGAUUCAGCUUGGCAUUACAGUCAAGAUGGUGUUGAUCUUGUGGUGAAAGGACCUUCUGGUAAUCAGAUUCAAGAUUCUCAUGACAGGAUCAGUGAGAAAUUUGAGUUUAUGGCUCACCGUAAGGGUGUUCAUCAGUUUUGCUUUACUAACAAGUCUCCUUAUCAUGAAACCAUCGACUUUGAUGUACAUGUUGGCCAUUUUGCAUACUACGAUCAGCAUGAAAAGAACGAGCAUAUCAACCCCUUGUUGGAACAGAUAGGGAAGUUGGAGGAGGCCCUCUACAACAUUCAGUUUGAGCAGCAUUGGCUGGAGGCUCAGGCUGAGCGUCAAGCAAUUGUGAACGACGCAAUGAGCAGAAGGGCAGUCCAUAAGGCUUUCUUCGAGUCAGCAGCACUUAUCGGGGCAAGUGUUCUCCAAGUUUACCUUCUCUGCCGCUUUUUUGAGAGGAAGCUCGAUAUCGCUCGAGUUUAACUUUGAUACUGUCAGAUGACGCCUAAUUAAUCAUAGAUUUUAGUUACCAAUGCCAGUCUUCGAUUCUCUUCUUUUAAAUAUCCAUGGAGACAUGUAUAGA